AAAGCUUGAUCCUCCGGAAGUCACCGACGCGCUGGAGUUACUCUGAAAAUGACACGAACUACUUGUACAAGCUUAUAACAUUAAAUUUGUAUGGGGAUUUAUUGACAAACCGAAUACGCGGUAUAACUAUCAGUACGAACCAGGUGGAUAUUGGUUGACUUUACCAAAAAAAUAUUGUUUCUCCUGCUGGACACACCAGUGUGUGUGUGUGACUGCUCCCCCGGCGACUGUAAACUAACGUGACAAGUUAGAGCAAUGGAUCAGAACAACAGCAUACCAGCCUUUCAGGGACUGGCUUCCCCCCAGGGUGCCAUGACACCAGGUAUGCCGAUGUUCAGUCCCAUGAUGCCAUAUGGUUCAGGCCUGACACCUCAACCUGUGCAAAACACAAACAGCUUAUCUAUACUGGAGGAACACCAGAGACAGCAGCAACAGCAGCAACAGGCGGCACAACAAGCACAGCAGGCUAAUGCAGGUGACUUGAAUCCCUUCCAGCUUCAGAACACAACAGUUUUCAUUUCUGGAUCCCCUUCAAGAUUUGCUCGAGUACUUAACACUCCCCACCCCCAGGUUCCGGGAACAUCGGGGCAGACUCCUCAGCUCUUCCAUUCCCAGGCAGUCACAGGUUCAACCACCACUGCACUGCCAGGGAACACCCCGCUCUACAAUACUCCACUGACCCCCAUGACCCCCAUCACACCAGCUACGCCAGCCUCAGAGAGCUCUGGAAUAGUGCCACAGCUACAAAACAUUGUGUCGACAGUCAAUCUAGGCUGUAAACUGGACUUGAAGACCAUCGCAUUGAGAGCCAGGAAUGCAGAGUACAACCCAAAGCGUUUUGCUGCAGUCAUCAUGAGAAUACGAGAACCCCGAACCACAGCUCUUAUUUUCAGCUCUGGGAAGAUGGUCUGCACGGGAGCAAAGAGUGAAGAGCAGUCGAGGUUAGCAGCCAGGAAAUACGCUCGUGUCGUGCAAAAGCUGGGUUUUCCUGCAAAGUUUUUGGACUUCAAGAUUCAGAAUAUGGUGGGCAGCUGCGACGUGAAGUUCCCCAUUCGUCUGGAGGGUUUAGUACUCACGCAUCAACAGUUUAGCAGCUAUGAACCCGAGCUGUUUCCAGGAUUGAUUUAUAGAAUGAUCAAACCCAGAAUCGUCUUGCUCAUCUUCGUUUCCGGGAAGGUCGUACUAACAGGUGCAAAGGUGAGAGGAGAAAUCUAUGAAGCAUUUGAAAACAUCUACCCUAUCUUGAAAGGUUUCCGCAAGACCACGUAGAACUAACUACUUCCCCAGAUGUGGCCCUUUUCUUUGUUUUUCAUAUUUUUAAACGUUUCCCUUACAGGUGAACUGCUGUAACUACAGUUGUGCAGCUUUAUUAGUUUGGUUUUUUUUUUCAGAUCAUCAACAUGGCUAUGUUUUUAGUAUAGAUGUUCCCAAGUUUUAAUUUUUUAAUUCAUGCUCUUGUAAAUAAGCUUGAAAGGAAAAGCCGUGCGACAGUUCUGACUUUUUUUAAACAAUGGUCAAACAGUUUUAUAUAUUUCUAUUUUUUAUCAAUUUCUGCUCAGUUUGUGUUUGUUUUUUUGUUUUUACUGUUUAGGCUCUCAACUCAACUGGCAGAUUGAUUCGAUUGUUUGAAGUUUUCAGCGUUUGGUGUAAUUGAGUUGUCUUGAGUGCCACACUACGUCACAAUAAGUGGCGCACUUUUUGUCAGUAAUAUCCAUUUUUGCAGGCAAACAUGCACAAGUUACAUUUGUAAUAGUUGAACCGUUUUCAUUGAAUGUAAAGGUGAUUUGCACCCUCACCAGUAUGUUUUUGUCCAUUUUCUGAAGCGUUGAUGGCCACCCUCUGCGAACCAUGUUUUAAACAUUGGAUUGUGUGUCUGCACUUGACCCGAACAUGUUCUGUAAAAUCUUUAGCAGGUACAUUUUAAAUACCAGAAAUUGCUCUGACCAUGUUUGCAAAAGCAGUUCAAUGUUUUGAUAUUCAAAAUGCUAUUUGUCCAUGUUCUGCACUAUGCGUCAAUAAAUCUGUACAUACCGA